CUCCGUCUGGGGUCGAUUGCCCCCAACUUCCAAGCCGAAACCACCAUCGGCCCCAUCGACUUUCACAAGUGGGUUGGCAAUGACUGGGUGAUUCUCUUCUCCCACCCGGAGGAUUACACCCCGGUUUGCACCACCGAGCUGGCCGCACUGGCCAAGCACGAGUCCGAGUUCACCAAGCGCCACGUCAAGCUGAUCGGUCUCUCGGCCAACUCCAUCGAGUCGCACGAUGGCUGGAUCAACGACAUUGCCGAGAUAGCUGGAUGUCCCUUGACCUUCCCCGUCAUCGGCGAUAAGGAUCGCCAGAUCGCCUAUGUCUAUGAUAUGCUGGAUCACCUUGACACCACCAAUGUAGAUGCCAGAGGAAUCGCCUACACCAUCCGGUCCGUCUUCAUCAUCGACCCCAACAAGGUCAUCCGCCUGAUUCAGGCCUACCCCGCCUCCACGGGCCGUAGCACGGCCGAAUUGCUCCGCGUGGUUGACUCUUUACUUGCUACCGACAAGCAUCGCAUCAAUACCCCCGCCAACUGGGAGCCUGGUGACAAUGUGGUCGUCCCUGCCAGCGUUGGUGACGAGGAUGCCAAGGCCCGCUUCCCGGACAUGCAAGUGGUUAAGCCGUACUUGCGAUUCGCCCCGUUAGCUAAAGAGAAGUUUCUUCCCUAG